AUGGAUGACCGAAAAGGUCAGACCGACGACCAACCUGCGUCGAAAGACCAACAGCUUUGCAUCGUGCAACACGCAGGUACCCGCCAGAGCGUCGAAUUAUCGAGACCUGUCUCCAUCCUCCACACGGAAACUCAACGUGCUUGUGGACUCACCCCGCAGUCAGUCACUCUCCUUGGACACUAUCUUAGAGACACGGCAUCGUUCCUUGCCAUGACUUCAUUGAGAGACAAUCCCUACGUCACCGUCCUCAUGCCCCUUGGAUACACGGAUGACAUACUCAUGCAUGGCCUCUUGGCUCUCAGCGGCGCUCUUCUGACCUACCGACAGCCUGGCAAUGUCGAUCUCGCCAAUGCUACGAGGCUGCACUACGGAAAACUGAUCAGUGGACUUCGUGGAGAAUUCGUUGAUCUGGAAAAUGAUGACUUGGAGAAAAAGGAGAGGCUAUUGCGCAUAUCGCUAGUAGCAUGUCACUACGAGGCCGUGUCUGGAGACACACAUGGAACGUUCUUCGCCCAUCUUCGAGCUAGCCAGACGCUGGUGCAUCAACUGCCGCCAAAGUAUGCUCCUGACCUGUUGCAUCGCAGUACUAUGGGACUCAGUAUGGAAACAUUGACAUAUCUUAUGAUCUGCAACACCAUAACGCCCUCGGGCUUUGCUGCCGAUUGCACGAUGCCCUUAAACGACUUCUUCGCAUCUCUGGACGAUUCACUUCCGACCUUUGGCGCUUUGUUUGCUGGUGCCCAUGAGCUAUAUCGGAUGAUUCCCGAUGUCAGCCUGCUAGCCUCCCAAAGAUUGACUGAGGAGACUGCCGGUCCGAUUCAUCCAUCACUAUCUCUGAAAUCCGCCCACGACAGUCUUCAUCAACGAAUCACGUGCUGGACCAUGCCACCACCACCUCUAGAUGAUAAUACCGACGAUUGGGAGCACAAGCGCAACUCCGCCGAAGCCUACCGUCACGCACUGCACAUAUACCUCGCCACCGCUCUAUCGGGCUCGACCGUCUCCGACCCGGCCGUUAAAAGUCACAUCGAGCAACACAUCAUUCGCGUCUUCAAAUAUGUCGUGCAAUUGGUGGCUUCUCAGUACACCGCCACUCUGCUGUGGCCGACUGUUGUCGCCGGGUCCUGCAUGACCAAAGCAAGUCACCGCGAAGCGCUCGUUAGCGGAAUGAGCGGAGAUCGCUGGCGCAUGAGGCAGGUCAAGGUCCUUGUUGACGUGCUGCAGCUGCUCUGGGAUGACCCGGAUCCGCGAGCGUAUGGACCUUAUGGGCUACAAUUGAUCAUGGAGAAGCAUGGUAUCAAGAUCAGUAUUUCUUAA